AUUUUUGUAACAUUUCAGCUCGUGUAUCAGCAAUUUUACAAGUUGACUUCUGCUGGGGAAGUAGAUACGUUAAGUCAGCAGCGAAAUGUUGUUCACAGAGUAGAUGUCCAUGGUGGCGAUGAAGUCAUUCAGAAGUACAGAGCUCACUAUGCAUUUCUGAUGGACUGCUUGGAUGCCUUCACCGCAGGAGCAUGCCUACAUCUUCUGGACAUGGAGAAUUUGGAUUUUGAACCGAACCGAAAACAAGAGAUUUUUGAGACCAAAUCUGCAGAAGACAAGAUCAAGUUUAUUCGUCAGAUUGCCAAGGAUAUACUUGGUAGAUAUGUAAACCUUAGUGAUGAUUGUGGUCGAUUGUCAGAGAAAGUUCAAGAACUAGAUGUCAAAAGUCAACAAAUCCGAGACAUGUUUGACCAUGAAUUACAGAAAUAUAUCUGUAUCUCUUGUGAAAAGGAAUAUAAAAAAGUAGGUCACCUAAAGAGACACCUGAAAGAGAAACAUUUGUGGGAUUUUAGUGAGAAUGAUGCAGGAGAGGCGAAACCUGAUCGGAUUGGUCUAUACAGAGCUUCAUUGAUGAAAUGUUUGCUAUUGCUGAAAGACACCAAUGAUGGAUAUUGUAUGGGUGAUGGUGACAGGAUAAUGGCCAAUGCCAAGUUCCAAAUGCUACUUUCAGGUGUAACUCAUCACACAAAAUAUCAGAUCUGGUUGUUUCGCUUCUUAGCCUAUUACCAUUGCAUACUGAGUCCCAGAGAUGCUUAUGAAUAUAAAUGGAACUGUACAGCAAAUCGUUCUGGUGGCAACAGACACAACAUACCAAACGACAAUUUGGUCGAAAUCAUGGUCCACAGAUUAAAAGAAAAAGUGCGCACACAAGGAGCAAAUGUUACUUAUGAAAGUGCAAGAAAGGCAGCCCUAUCACUUCAGAUCCAUGAUCAAAUCAAGUGCAAUAUGAUGCAAGAGUUCAAAAUGAAGCCUAAAGGGACAUCGCGGACUGAGACAUCAAAAAAGGUCAAUGUAGAAUUAAUGAUUGAUGAAUUGAAGAAAGCUGAAAUAUUUGACUAUUUGCCUGGAAGGCAAUUCAACGCCUUUUCUUCCUUUCAGGACUUAUUCUCAAGGGUUAAAGUUGUAGACUUGCAUAAAUGGAUUCAAAGCCAAAAAAAACAUUAUCAUAUGAGCUUGUUUAGAAAGAUUAUGAAGGAGCAAAACCAUUAA